UCACAUUUGGAAUUUGGAUUUUAUUCGUAGAAUAUGCGGACCCGUCGCCCUAAAAAUAAGUCUCUUGUUUUUCCGGUCUCGGAAUGAAUUUUAUGUAUUUGUUUUUUCCCUCCGCCACGAUUGCGGGCCGAUGACGUCACGGCGAGCGGAUGCGGAAAGUGAUAUUUCCCACGGCACGCGAACGCCACGCGACGAGACCGCGUCCUGCGCGAGAAGAAAAGCCCAGAGAUGAGCGACGAGUCGCCCGUGUGCACGCCACGCGUCACGUGCACGCGCCACGCCGAUCGACCGCCGCAGCGAGCGUGAGCGACUCGACUUUUUUUCCGCGAAGAAGAAGGCGAAAAACAAGAAAAGAAAGAAAAAAAAAAGUUUCGUAGUUGCGAAGACGGAGAUGACGAGCACGAGCAGCAGCCCCGACGAGCGUGCGCGCGAUGGACAGGACGCUCAAAGCAAAGAGGAUUUGGAGCUGGCGUCGGCGUACGUUUCUGACGCUCAAUACAACAGGAACAUCUUCUUCGACACGUCGCCGCCGGCCGUCCGCUUGUAUCUGCUCUACAACCGGCGACCGGCUCAGGUGCUGCUUUACUUCUUCAUCGUGCUGGACUUGAGCUUGGCCGUGUUCGAGGAGCCCGCCGUCGUGCCUCUGCCGGCGUGGGCGCCCAUGCUGGCGGAGCUGCUGUGCCUGCACGUGUUCGCCCUGCGCCUGGUGCACUACGCCAAGGUGAUCCCGCGAGACAAGUUCUGGAAGGACCCCAAGAACAUCUGCAUGAUCGCCAUCUUGGCGCUGACGCUCGCCGACAUGAUCAUCUACGGCGCUCUGCACGCCGCCGGCUGUUACGCCCUGCGCUGGUCGCGAGUGCUGCGACCGCUCCUCUUGGUCAACGUGACGGAGGGGCGGCAGCUACGCAGGGCCUUCCGAAGCAUCCGCAACGCCCUCCCGCAGAUCUUCAGCGUCUUCCUGCUCUUCAUCUUCAGCAUCCUCAUCUUCUCGCUGAUGGCGCUCAAACUCUUCAGCAAGCGAGACCUGAAGACGUCGGACGGCUCGCCGUACUUCUCCAACUACGCCGACGCCGUGUUCGACCUCUACGUGCUGGUCACCACCGCCAACAGCCCCGACGUCAUGAUGCCGGCGUACGACGCCAGCUCGGCCUUCGCCGUCUUCUUCAUCGUCUACAUCCUGGUCAACACCUUCAUCUUCAUGUCCGUCUUCCUGGCUGUGGUCUUCAACAACUACAAGAAGUACUUGAAGGAGGAGGUGCGGCAGCUGGUUCGGGCCAAGCGGCACAAGAUGGCGCGGGCCUUCGCCGUGCUGCAGGAACAUCGCCACCAGGGCGGCGACGGCGAGCCGCUGGUCAGCCGCGCCAUCUGGAGCCGCCUCGUCCGAUUGGUGCAGCCCAACAUUAGCCACGCCCACACCGAACUGCUGUGGAGCGUCUCGGACGACCGCAACCGCGGCGCCGUAGACAAGCGGGCGUUCGUCCAGCUGGCCGACCUGCUCAACAUCCAAGUGAUGACGCUCAAGUCCAGGCCGCACCCGCUGGGCCGCCUGUGCCCCGCCUUCUACCGCUCGGCGCCCAGCCGCCUCCUCCGCCGAUUGGUCCGGCACAGGGCCUUCGCCGCGGCGUACGACCUGAUCAUCGUGAUCAACGCGGUCUUCAUCGGGCUGGACGAGGACAAGCCCAGCGUGGGCAACGCCGAGUGGGCCUUCCUGGCGCUCUACCUGCUGGAGAUCCUCCUCAAGCUCUACGUGGUCGAGCCCAGGAGCUUCUUUGCCGCGCACCGCUUCUGGAACUGGUUCGACACCAUCAUCGUGGUCUGCGCGCUUGUCGCCACCGUCGUCAACGCCGCCCUCGAGUCAUCGGGCGGCUACACCAGCCGCCAGAUCCUGGACAUCGUCUUCAUCCUGCGAGUGCUGCGACUUAUCCGAGUGGUGGACAGCGUCAAGAGGUUCCGCACCAUCAUCAACACGCUGAUCCGCAUCGGCCCGGCCAUCCUCACCUUCGGGCAGCUCAUCCUGGUGGUGUACUACGUGUUUGCCGUGGCGGGCAUGGAGCUGUUCAAGGGGCGGGUGAAAUUCUACCAGGACGCGGGCGAUCCGGCGGCCGCCGACUGCGGGAACCCGCUGCUGCGGGGGAGCGCCUUCGCCAGGCUGGGCUACUGCAAGAACAACUUCAACGACGUGCUCAGCGCCUUCGUGCUGCUGGUCCAGCUCACCGUGGUCAACCAGUGGCACGUCCUGAGCAGCGGCUUCGCGGCCGUCACGCACAAGGCGGCCAGGAUCUACUUUGUGCUCUUCCACAUCACCGUGGUCAUCAUCAUCGUCAAGCCUUUUUUCUGGAGUACUCGCUGGACAAGAGCGACCUGCACACCGAGCUGGAGAAGAAGAUCGAGGAGCUGCGGCUCGGCGUGGCGCAGGAGGCGGCGGAGGAGGACGACAACCUGGUGGACGCCAUGGAGACGGGCGACGGCGAGCGGCCCCCCCCCGAAGCAGUCGAGAGCGACGAACCCAAGCUCAUGUUCAAAAUCACCUCCAAAAGGUAUCGAACGGUGGACGCGUUGCUGCAGCGCCUGUUCGAGGCCGACUCGGAGCAGGAGGACGUCGACGUCGACGCCGACGCUCACGACGCCAACGGAAACUUUGCCAAUCCGUCCUUCGGCGCCGCUUGAAACAUUUUCGGCGGUAAAGUGUGACCCCCCCGACCUCCCCCCCACCUCCACCCCACCCCUCCUUGCGCUCGUUCACGCCUGUCGCUCCGCCGACAUCGAUCGCGGCGAUUGACCCAUCGCAGUCGGACCGGUCGGGGGAAAAACCGACCGGUCGGU